AUGUCUGGAUUCGGAACUGUUUUGGUGCUUUCCUUACUGAUGGGCAUAUCCUCCUUUUUGUCGGGGCUUAUACCAAUUGUUGUUCGCUUAAGUUCAUCCAAGCUGAAACUUAUAUCCGUGUUUGGUGCUGGAGUUCUACUGAGUGCAGCGUUAGUACUCAUAAUACCAGAGGGUCUGGAGAAGGUGGAAGAAAAAGGAUCCAAUCUCACCGGCAUAAUGCUACUUUUGGGAUAUUUCACUCUGCAUAUGGUUCAAAACGUUCCUCAAAUCUUAUCGCCGAGGAAUAAAGACUAUUACAAAACUUCAGCUGUUGAGGACUUGAACCUUGAGGACACUGAACUUCCGGUGCUGGAAAGUCCUCCUAUAUCCAAACCGAAAACGAUACUAAUUGAGGCUCAGACUCAGUUCAAAAAUGCAUGUAAAUCUCCAUUUACUCUUGGGCUCAUGAUCCACUCUUUCUGCGACGGUAUCGCACUAGCAUCGACUGUAUAUGCAGCAGAUAUACGACUCCAGCUCACGAUCCUUUUUGCCAUAUUCAUCCACAAACUACCGGCGGCAUUUGGUCUCACAUCCAUAUUGAGGUCUCACAAUCUCGCUAAAUCUGGCAUCAUGUGGCAUUUGUUCUUUUUCGCUGUAUCCGCGCCAAUCGCUGCGGUUCUGGCUUUUGGUGUGUUCUCGAUCGUGUCUGCAUCUGACGAGAAUGGAUCCUACGUUUCUGGACUACUGCUUCUAUUUAGUGGGGGUUCGUUUUUGUAUGUGGCAUUUCAUGCUUUGUCAGACACGAUGGAGAAUCAUGGAGGUGAAAUUUUGAACGGCGGUGACAUGUCUUCGAUAGAAGAACCAUCAGAUGAGAGGCCUCUUGAGCUUGGGGCAAGUGCUUUGGGAAUGCUUCUUCCAGUUCUGGUGAGUCUUGCCAAAGAGUGA